UCUCAUCAAAUCUCUCUUCCCCAAUUUCCAAACAUUCAUUGUUUUUUCAUUCUCUUUCACUAAAACAUGGGUCUUUCCUACCCUUCACUCCCAUUUUUUCUUCCCAUUUUGUUCUUCAUUCCCCUUUUAUUUGCAGAUAAUUACACCAAUUAUUAUAACACUAACAACAACAACAACAACAAUGGGAACACUAAUUUUAGCACAAAUCCAUUUCCAUCUCCAUCUCAAACAAAACCCAAUUCUUCUUCUCCGUUCAAACCAAGUACCGCUGUUGUAGCAUUCGUCGCUAUUUUGACUACCUUGUUUGCUAUCAUCUUCCUUUUGUUACUCUAUUCUAAACAUUGUGGGGGUGACAAUGACAUUAGUAAUUAUAAUACUACUAACCCGUUUAGUUACAGUUCAUCGUUGGUCACCGCCGGGAGGAAUUCGGGGAUCAACAGAGUGGUGGUGGAAUCGCUUCCGUUAUUCCGGUUCAGCUCACUGAGUGGUCAUAAAAACGGUCUCGAAUGUGCCGUUUGUUUAACCAGGUUCGAACCCGAUGAACUCCUUCGUCUCUUACCUAAAUGUAAACACGCGUUCCAUGCCGAGUGUGUUGAUACUUGGCUCGAUGCUCAUUCAACUUGUCCUCUUUGUCGUUACCGAGUUGACCCAGAAGACAUACUCUUAAUAUCAGACCAAGAUCCAACCACCAUUGCCUCUGCUUCAUCUUCGAAUCGUUUUGAACCCACUGAGUCAGACCGGACGAGACGAGUAUCAGGGCGGCACUCAUACGCCGCCGGAGAACGGACAGCGGCGGCGACGGGGGGGAGUUACAGGAAAGACGGGAUGCUAUUGAAGAGAAUGGAGCAUAGGAUAAUAGUAUCGGGUACGGGUACGGAGAGUGGGUACCAACAAAGAUGGAGCGACGUACAACCGUCGGAUCUAUUAUAUCUACGGUCGGAAAUGAUUAUAAGUCAGAGCCGUAGAUUAAGAAUAGGAGGAGCAUUGGUUGCAGAGACAGGAAAUGAUGAUAAUAAUAAAAAUGGAAAUGGAAAAUCAGAAGAAGAAAGGUGCAGAAGCAGGUGAGAGAGAGACAGGGAAUGCAUUGGUAGAAGCGUAAUAAAUAAUAAUGGUGGUGUCUGAAUUCACGGGGUUAAUUAUUAGGUUUUCGAGGGUUUUUUUUUUAGUUCAGUGUUUUUUGGUUAAUAUAUGUUAUAACUCCUUGUACUUUUAAAAUUUUUUUAAUUUAGCCCUUAUAAUUUUAUUUUUA